UGAGCAAGCACCUCAUUGUAAUACUCAAAGCAAUUGUCAUGUCAAAGUCAAAGUCAAAGUCAACACCAUCGCUUAAGCCCGACACUGUCGGCUCCCUGAUCUUUUGUCCAGAGUGCGGCAACCUACUCGAUAUCCCUGGAGAGGACGAUCUUAUUGUUUGCAAUCUUUGCAGCUAUACCCAUCAGAGCAUUGAUUUUGAGGACUUUGAAGUAGUUACAACAAGUAAACCAGGAGCUUUUCCCUCUGUGCUCAGAAACAGACGUGAUGAUGUCCAUCGUGAUAUCAAAGAUGCCACAGCAGCUAUGGUUAAAGAGCCAUGUCCCAAAUGCGGUAAUCCAGAGAUGGAAUACCAUACCAUGCAACUACGAUCUGCAGAUGAAGGUCAGACAGUCUUCUAUACCUGUCCCAAGUGCGCUUACAAGGCAAAGCUUAAUAGCUAGAAAUAUCAUCAUAGACCAAAUAUACUAUAAUUUACG